GCCGGAGGGAGGGAGGGCGGGCGGGCGAAAGGAGCGGACCCGACACCCGGUACCCGGCACCCGGCAUCCGGCACGGGACAGGCCGGACCGAGGGCCCACCGCAGAAGUGCCGAGAUCUUAGUUCAGAAGGGCGACCUCUCCGGGCCCCGCGGGGCCGCGCACUGGGCGUCCUCCACCGCGCGCCCGCUCCCUCAGUCCACCUGCCGCUGGGGACCCGACCGUCGGCGCGCGCAUCCCCAGGCUCGGGUCCCGGCCCUCGAGGGCGCCGCUGCCUCCGUCUCCGCCUCUGCAGCGUCCGCAACCGCAGACGCCCGGGCGGGACCCCGGCGUGAGCACCGGGCGCCCCCCAAGGAGUGCACGAACCCCGGAGCCGCCCUCGAUACGGACCGCGCCCGCCGGGCACACAAGAAUGGUCACUCAGAUACUGGGGGCCAUGGAGUCUCAGGUUGGGGGGGGGCCGGCCGGCCCGGCCCUGCCCAAUGGGCCACUCCUUGGGACAAAUGGAGCCACUGAUGACAGCAAGACCAACCUCAUCGUCAACUACCUACCCCAGAACAUGACACAGGACGAGUUCAAGAGUCUCUUCGGCAGCAUUGGGGACAUCGAAUCCUGCAAGCUGGUUCGGGAUAAGAUCACAGGGCAGAGCCUGGGCUAUGGGUUUGUGAACUACUCUGACCCCAAUGAUGCAGACAAAGCCAUCAACACCCUCAAUGGCCUCAAAUUGCAGACAAAGACCAUCAAGGUGUCCUAUGCACGCCCCAGUUCUGCCUCUAUUCGGGAUGCUAACCUGUACGUCAGUGGCCUCCCCAAGACUAUGAGCCAGAAGGAGAUGGAACAACUCUUCUCCCAGUAUGGUCGCAUCAUCACUUCCAGAAUCCUGCUGGACCAGGCCACAGGUGUCUCUCGGGGUGUGGGAUUCAUCCGCUUUGACAAGAGGAUCGAGGCUGAGGAGGCCAUCAAGGGACUGAAUGGGCAGAAACCACUAGGUGCGGCUGAGCCAAUCACGGUCAAAUUCGCAAACAACCCGAGUCAGAAGACCGGGCAGGCCCUGCUCACCCACCUGUACCAGUCCUCUGCCCGGCGCUACGCGGGUCCUCUGCAUCAUCAGACACAGCGUUUCCGGCUGGACAAUUUGCUCAACAUGGCCUAUGGAGUCAAAAGUCAACAGACAACCUGCUACCCAGGGGGUGAGAUAUCCCAGAGACAACGUCAGGGACAUGGUGGUGGCAUGAAGCACUGUUGUCCUCCUUCCCCAUCAGGGACACAUCCUGAGACUCCUUGUUGGUGCCUGACAAGAGAUUGACAUCGAAACCUCUAUAUCUUAUUUACUUAAAUUUCUACUUAUUUGUUUAUGUGACUGUUUAUUUGUCUAUGAGGCAGGGUUUCUCUGUGUAGCCUGGUGACCUGAAACUCGUUCUGUAGACCAGGUUGGCCUUGAAUUUACAGAGAUUCGCCUGCCUCUGUCUCCUGAGUGCUGGGAUUAAAGGCGUGCGCCACUGGCCCUAGUUGUUGUUAUUGUUAUUAUUAUUAUUAUUAUUAUUUACUGGAAAGGAGAUGUAAAGCCUUGUUAAUAAGCACUGGACUGCUGAGUCACAUACUCAGCCCUCUUUGUUUCUGUUUUCUUUCUCUCUCUCUCUCUCUCUUUUUUUUUUUUUUUUUUUUUUGUUUGUUUGUUUUUCGAGACAGGGUUUCUCUGUAGCUUUGGUGCCUGUCCUGGAACUAGCUCUUGUAGACCAGGCUGGCCUCAACCUCACAGAGAUCUGCCCGCCUCUGCCUCCCGAGUGCUGGAAGGCACUACCACCACCCAGCCCUCUUUGUUUCUUGACACAGGGUUUCGCACAGGCAGGUCAGCAAGCCUAAGCCAGGCGUGUCCUUGAACCCUGCUCCUUCUGCCUCUCCCUGGAACGUGGGCUUCAGGGAUGUUCGGUUUAUCUUCUUACUUUUAUUUUGAGCUGUGAUUCUCCUAGAGUGACAAGCCUGUGCCACCAGGCCAGCUCCUUCUUCAUAAUUUACAGCUUUGUCCUUUCCUGAGGUACUAGUGGCCUCAUAUGGAUACCCUCUUUUCCAUAAGGGAAGAACUUUUACCUUUUCCCUUAAAGAAAACAUUUUUAUCAGUUUCUCUUAGGCAUCUCUAAAUCACCAGCAUUAUCCAGUUAAAAUAACUGUUCCUUAACACAGAAACUAUGAUUUAGACAGUCAGUCAGCUCCUGAGACGCUAAGUGACUAGUGAGGGAGGUGCACAUGCCGCACAGGGACCUUCCGUCACGCUGCUCAUUCUCCUCGUUUAUCCCUUUAGUUCUUCCUCCUUUUCCACCUCCUCCUCCUCCUCCUCUCUCCUUCUCUCCCUUCUUUUCUUCUUCUAGACAGGGUCUUAUAUGUAUCUCACAAAAAUCUCCCUGUCUCUAACUCCUGACUGUUAAAGAAAGGCAUCUUCUUUUUUGGUUUUGUCAUCUCGUGUGUCCCAGGCUGACAUCAAACUGAAGGUGUAGAUGAAAAUGACAUGGAACUCCUCAUGCUCUGUCUCCACUGCUCUAGUGCUUGGAUGACAAGAGCCGUCUACCAUGCCUGACUUUUUGUGAAGUAGGACAGGGGCUGGGAAGCUGGCCCAGUGUGGCACAAGCUGAGGACCUGACUCAGAUCUCCAGCAUCCAUCAGAACCCUGGAGUGACAGUGCGUGUCUGAGACCCCAGUUCUGGAGGGCUGAGAGGGGAGGGUGAGAGAGGAGAAAGAGAGACAGACUUAACAAGAAAGGCUCUCUUGAGAAUGGAAGUGUGUUAAAGCUUGGACAGAUCCAAGAGUCAAAAGCAUUUGUUUCGAGACAAGUUUUUGCUCUGUGCCCUUGGCCUUCCAAGAACUAUAAUUAUAAUCCUAAGCCACCUAACCACAUUGAAUGUGCAAUUUAAAAUUUAUGAGUGUGAGCUGACAAGAAUGUUCAGAGGAUAAAGGGGCUUGCCACACGAGCAUGAUCACCUGAGUUUAAUGCCUAGAACCCAUAUGAAGUGGAAGGAGAAAACCAACCCUACAGACUCGUCCUCUGCCCUCCACAAGUGUGAUAGCAUGUGCACUCCCUCCCUACUACUACUACUACACACACACACACACACACACACACACACUAAUGAUACAUUUAAUAAAAUUAUAUUAGAUUCACAAAGAUCACAAGUGAGAGGCUAACCUGGGCUAUACAGUGAGAUCCAGUCUCAAAAAUCCAAAAACAUGGGCUGGAGUGAAGGCCCAGUGGUUAAGAGCACUUGUUCUUGCAGAGGACCCAGGUUCGAUUUCCAGCACCAACAUGGUGGCUCACAGCUCUCUGUAACUCCAGUUCCAGGGGUUCUGAUGCCCCCUACUAGUGUUGAGAGGUUUUGUCCCGCCUGGGCCCACAGCCAUUCAGUCCCAAAGAAACACACAGAGGCUUACAUUAAUUAUAAACUGGUUGAACUAUUAGCUCAGGCUUCUUAUUAACUCUUAUAUCUUACAUUAACCCAUAAUUCUUGUUUGUGUUAGUCAUGUGGCUUAGUACUGUUUAUCAGUGAGGCGUUCUCAUCUUGCUUCCUCAGUGUCUGGGUGACAACUGCAGACUGAGCCUUUCCUCUCACAGAAUUCUCCUGUUCUGGUCGCCCCGCCUAUACUUCCUUCUUGGCUACUAGCCAAUCAGCAUUUUAGUAAAUCAAUACAAAUGACAAAUCUUUACAGGGUACAAGACCAUUGUCCCACAGCACACUGGCUUCUGCAGGUACCACGUAUGCAUGUGUUUCACUUACAUACAUGCAGGCAAACACACAAAAAUGAAAUAAGUCCAAACUGAGCAUGGUGUGUUUAAUCCCAGCACUAGGGAAGAUCUCUGAAGGCCAGCCUGGUCUACAUAGUGAGCUCCAGGACAGCCAGAGUUACAUAGAGGAACCCUGCCUUGAAAAACCAAAAUAAACAAAUAAAUAAUCUAAAUAAUAUUUUUAAAAAACAAAACAAACAAGCAAAACAAACAAACAAAAGCCAGUCUGUGAAUUGUUUAUUUUUAGAAAUUUUCAUUUAAGGGAACUACCAGUAAUUGAAACCAGAGAAAGAAAAACUAAGUCAGAAGGGUAUUGCUUAUGAUUUGGAUAGGAAGAGACCAGAAAAAAGACCGAUGAGGCCACUGUUAGUGUUCGAGGAAGGUGCAGGACCACUGGCUCACGUAGGACACCCUACGCUGGUCUUGUAGGGCCAGUUUCUACCCACACAGGGUAAGUCAAAAUGGAGUCAGAGCUGUCAGGGAAGACUGGUACCAGGACAGGUUCAGAUUUCGGCCAAAAGAGAAGAGCUAGGGCUCAGCUGUUACCCACGCUGGGCUCCUUCAUCGGCUGAGGCAAGAAAUGGAGUUCAGUUCGAGGUCAGCAUGGUCGGAGUACAGAGGCAGUCUCUGUCUCUCUGUCUGUCCUCUGUCUGUCUGUCUCCCUCUGUCAUCUCUCUCUCUCUCUCACACACACACACCGAGUUAGUUUUGAAGGGGUGGGGACUGGGAAUGCAGCUCAAUUGGAAGAGCACUUGCCUGGCAUGCACAAAGCUUUGGGUUCCAUCCCAGCACUGUCAACUGGGUGUGCAAUGCCAGCAUUUGGGAGGUAAAGGCAGGAGAAGCACAAGUUUAAGAUCAGCAAGCAAAAAGGAAGAAAAAACAAAACCAAGAAGCCACCCUUGGCUAUAUAGUGAGUUCAGGCCAACUGGGCCACAGAGAGAAGCUGAGUAUACCUAUGGAAGGGUGAAGAUCAGCAGGGCUCAGGAUCAGGUAGGGUCAAAAUGUCACAAGAUACGGCUAAAGAUGGCACUUUAGGACAGGGUCAUAGGUGAUAUGUGGAGAGUGGUGGAGGUCAAGACAGGGUGCAGGUCAGGGGCUGGUGUCUCAGUGAGGUCAGAGACAAGCAAUGGGGUCACAGCUAGGUUAGGACAAGGGUCUUACAGACAUAGCACACAGUAUAGGGUUCUCCCAGUGGGGGGUGUCGGAGGCAUGCUGGGGAUCAGGGCAGAGCCCGCGUGA